AUGAAAGUUGAAGAGUUAAUUAUCGAUGGUUUCAAGUCAUAUGCCACACGUACGGUCAUAUCAGGUUGGGACUCAUCGUUCAAUGCCAUCACAGGACUUAAUGGGUCGGGAAAGUCCAAUAUAUUGGAUGCUAUAUGUUUUGUGUUAGGUAUAGCAUCUAUGACAACUGUGAGAGCAUCGAACUUACAAGAUUUGAUUUAUAAGAGAGGUCAAGCUGGGGUGACUAAGGCUAGUGUUACUAUAGUGUUUGAUAAUAGUGAUGCAUCCAAAUCCCCUAUUGGGUUUGAAAAUUGUGCACAAAUCAGUGUUACUAGACAAAUCAUACUAGGAGGAACAUCUAAAUAUUUAGUCAAUGGUCACAAAGCCCAACAACAGACUGUUUUGAAUUUAUUUCAAUCUGUUCAGUUGAAUAUUAAUAACCCUAAUUUCUUGAUUAUGCAAGGUAAAAUCACCAAAGUGUUGAAUAUGAAACCAACGGAAAUUUUAUCGUUGAUUGAAGAAGCAGCAGGUACUAGAACUUUUGAAGAACGUAAAGAGAAAGCACAAAGAACCAUGGUAAAGAAAGAAGCAAAAUUGAUGGAAAUAAGGAGUUUAUUGAAGGAUGAAAUCGAACCAAAAUUAGAGAAACUUCGAUCACAAAAGAGAACAUUCUUAGAAUAUCAACAAACUCAAACUGAUCUUGAAAAUUUGUCUAGAGUGUUAUCAGCUCAUAGUUAUGUACAAUUUUCUAACAAAUUUGAUGAAUAUCUGAAAUUAUUGAAUGAGAAACAACUGAUAAUGAAUGACUUAUCGGUAUCGAUUGAAUUAACUGAACAGGAGAUAAAACAUUUGCAUCAAGAUUUAGAUCAAGUCAAACAACAAAGAGAAGAAGAAAUGAAGAAGGAUGGGAAAAUCAAAGAAUUGGAAAUCACAGAAAAUCAAUUAACUGAAGAAUUAACAAGAUUGAAUACUUCCUUAGAUUUAACUAAAGAUAAUUUAAAAGAUGAAGAGAAAAAAACUGCUAAAAUUAAGAACCAGAUAACCAACCUUGAAGAACUUAUUGCUUCCAAUUCCGAUAAAUAUAAUCAAUAUGAAGUGAAUUUCCAGAAAUCCAAGAAACAAUUGGCUGAUAUGAAAGAAGAAUUUAAUAAAAAAGAAGAAUUAUUAUCAUCAUUAUCCACAGGAAUUUCUACAAAAGGAGGGGCUUCUGGUGGAUAUAUGGCUCAAUUAAAAGAAGUUAAAGAUGAAUUGAAUGAAACUUCCAAUUUCAUACAACUGUCCAAUUUGAAGAUCAAUCAUUUGAACCAACAAUUAGUUGAAGACAAAUCAAACUUGGCCAAAGCAAAGAAAGAAUUUGAAAGCUUGAACGCUGAAAUAGAUAACUUCUCUCAAAUGAUUAGAACUAAAGAACUUAAAUUAAAAGAAUUAGGGUAUGACCCCGAAAGAGUUUCUGUUUUGAAAGAUAAAGAAUAUUCUUUAACCAACCAAUUAAAUAAAUUAAAUACCGAAUUGGAUUAUCUCAGAAGAGAAGUGGGUAAUGUAGAUUUCCAAUAUUCAUUACCACAUCCGAAUUUUGAUCCUUCAUCAGUCAAAGGAAGUGCAAUUCAAUUAUUCAAUUUACAAGAACAACAUAAUAAUAAAGCCAUGGCAUUACAAAUUUGUGCUGGUGGUAGAUUAUAUAAUGUAGUUGUAGAUAAUAGUGAAGUGGCAUCUCAAUUAUUAGAAAAUGGGAAGUUAAGAAAAAGAGUCACUAUUAUUCCAUUGGAUAAAAUCAAUUCUCGUUCAGUAAGUAAUGAUGUUAUCAGUUAUGCUCAACAAUUAUGCCCUGGACAAGUUGAAAUUGCUAUAAACUUGAUUGAUUAUGAUAACGAUUUAUCUAAAGCUAUGGAAUAUAUCUUUGGAUCAACAUUCAUUUGUGAUUCUCCAGAUGUAGCUAAGGCAGUUACUUUUGAUCCUAAAAUAAGAUCAAGAUCCAUUACUUUAGAAGGAGAUAUUUAUGAUCCAGAAGGUAAUUUAGCUGGAGGAUCAAGAAGAAAUACUUCAAGUUUAUUGAUAACCAUGCAAAAAUUCAAUAAAAUUCAACUCCAAAUCAAUGAAUUGACUUCAGAAUUAAAAAUUGUACAAAGGGAAUUGGGUAAAUUUCAAGAAUUAAGUUAUAAGACGAAAGAUUUACAGAAUGAAAUUAACCUACAACAACAAGAAUUGAAGAAUUUGAAUAGAAAAUUGGAAAAUAAUCAAGCUACCAUAAUUGUUAAGGAUUAUGAAGAAAAACAACAAGAAGUGAAUAGAUUGAAACAGGAAGUUGAAGACUCUCAAAUAAAAUGUGAUGAAUUCACGAGACAAAUCAAAGUUAUUGAAAAGGAUAUGAAAGAAUUCAACACUAACAAAGGAUCUAAAUUGAAAGAACUUGAAAAAGAAGUUAACAACUUAAGAAAUCAAGUUAUUGAUAAAGAAGAAAGUAUCACAAAAGAAGAAGAUGAGUAUCAGAAUAUAAUGGUUGAAAAUGAUCAAAGAAAAUCCGAAUUGGAGAAUAAUCUUGAACAAUUAAACCAACAAUCAGCCAUAAUUAAUGAGUAUGAAACUAAAUUAAAUGAUAUGAAUAAUGAAAUCGAACAACUUAAUGAUAAGCUUAACUACACCAAGAUUCAAUUAGAUGAAGAGAAAUCGAAUCUUAUGGGCCUUAAUGAAGAAAUGAAUGAGUUAAAUAAGAUUAUUCAUGAAAAGACAGAAAAAUCCAAUGAACAGAAAUUAUCCAUUCAAAAAUUAACCCAUGAAAUCGAAAAGAUCGAAUCAAAAACAAAGAUUUAUGAAGUUAAACUCAAUGAAUUGAUUGAAAAAGUUGACUGGGUGACGGAUGGAAAUAUCGUUGAAAACUUAAUCAAAGAAUAUCCUAACUUCAAUAUUGAGGAUAGUUCAAAUCAAAUGAAUAUCUUACAAGAGAAAUUCGAUGAAAUGAAAAGGAAAGUUAAUGUCAACAUUAUGAAUUUGAUCGAUAAUGUCGAAAAGAAAGAAACUAGUUUGAAACAAAUGAUAAAAACCAUUGAAAAAGAUAAAUCAAAGAUCAAUAAUACCAUUGAAAAAUUGAAUGGAUAUAAAAGAGAUACUUUGAAUACAACCUAUUCUAAAGUUUCCGUUGAUUUCGGGGCCAUCUUUGCUGAUUUGUUACCAGGAUCUUUCGCCAAAUUAGUACCGAUCAACCCUAUGGAUGUAACCAAAGGUCUUGAAGUUAAGGUCAAAUUGGGUCCUGUUUGGAAAGAAAGUCUUGUAGAAUUAUCUGGAGGCCAAAGAUCAUUGAUUGCAUUGUCAUUAAUUAUGGCCCUUUUACAAUUCAAACCUGCUCCAAUGUAUAUUUUGGAUGAAGUUGAUGCAGCUUUAGAUUUAUCCCAUACUCAAAAUAUUGGUCAUUUGAUUAAGACCAGAUUUAAAGGAUCCCAAUUCAUUGUUGUUUCUUUGAAAGAAGGGAUGUUCACCAAUGCCAACAGAGUAUUUAGAACUCGUUUCCAAGAUGGUACCUCUGUAGUAUCAGCCAUGUAA